AUGUCUGACGAAUCCGACAGCGAGGAGCAUUACUACAGUGGCUCCGAGGAAGGUGACGAGUCGCACGAAUCCGACUCUGAUGACGCCAACCACGGUUUGCUCGACCUGGAGGCUUCUGAAGCGAGUGAUGAGCCAGCGUCCGACAGCGACCAAUCAUCCGAUUACGGCAGCUACGUCGAGGACUUUCCCAAGUUCAUGCAACUGCCGCCCGAGAUCCGCGAAAUGGUCUGGAACGCCUUCUGCCCAGAUCUCGAAGCGGAGUCGCGCGUCUUCGAGCUCCACCUGCAAACGAUAAUCUCACCUCCGGGCGCAGUCCAUCUGCCCCUGAUCGUGCGCGGCGUCGUGCCCGGUGCACAGCUGGAGGACCAGACCGCGCCGAUGAGGGCCCUCAUGGCCGUCCACCGCGAAAGUCGGGCCCUUGGUCUCAAGUCGGCACCUCACGAGCUCUCACUGUCGCAAGGUGAACUCGUGCGUUACCACGAAGAGCGAGACGUCCUGUUUGUUUCGUGGCAGCAGGAGGUUCUCAUGCGUGGGAUAGCUCUACGAUUCCAGGAGUUGGGCAUCUCGGCCCAGAACCUCGCCUUUGAGAACGACCUGAUCCUCGGUUGCGUUGAUGAUCUGGUAGACCUUGUGUACCUGCUUCCUGAAUUGAGAAGGCUCUUCCUCCUCGAGGAACAGAUUGAUCUGGACGAAUCCGGCAUAUCUCCUCGAGAAUAUGCUUGGGCCGGUUCACACAACGUCCACAAAUACCGUGUGGACGUUGAGGAAGAGGGUGAGGCAGGAUUGAUGUCACCAGUCAGCAGGAUUUUCUGUUGGCCUGAUCUUGACAAUAAUCGCGAGUUCGCCCAACAAAACAUUUGUAAAUCUGACGAGAACUCGUGGUGGGCAGAGACCACUGGCGAGUGUCGUCGCCGCUUAGCAGACCCUCUGGCUGACUCACGAGAGUUAAAUGACAGUGACUUCCCGGAUGAAGAGAAGACUGAGGCUAUUAAUCGACUUCAAAAUAUCGAAGUUUGGCCUAUGAUCAGAUUUAAUUUUAGGGAGGGUUUGCGGCGACUCAUGCAAAUGGAAGCUUGGAAUCGAUCCUGGGACGAAUGGCCAAAUGAUUCGGAGGGCUCGUAUGACGACACCGAAGAUGAGUAUGAGAGCGAUGGUAUCGACGACGCUCCCAUCGAUGACUCUACUUCUGAGGAGGAGGAAGACGACUUGCUUGUUCACCAAUUCGACCAGGAAUCGGGAUCUGCUCCAGACUCCAGCCAUUUGCUCGACAACACCUCUGAAAUUGAGGGACUACCUCCAGCAAAUUUCUCGAGCGACGAGGAGGAUGAGAACCAAGGAGAGCCCGGCACGAACACAUCUGGUUCGGAAAACGAGUCGGGAUCACAAACUCGCGCCGCUCGCCCAAAACGGCGGGUCGUAGAAUCUGACUCCGACGAGAGUGCUACAGAGACGGAGCAGUCUCCCCGACGUUCCAAGCGGCAAAGGCGUGCGAUUCAUGCGGAAUCAGAUGAUGACGAAGAAGGAUCAUCGGAUGUGGAGCCGGUGAGAGGAGCGAACAGGCGUACACGGGCUCUGCCCGCCGAAUCCGAGGACGAAGACGGACAGGAUGACGACGAAUCACCACAAACCUCCCGUGCUGGCCGCAGACGCGUUCGUGUAAAUAAUGUUGACUCGGACGAUGACGACGAGGAAGAGGAAGAGGUCCAACAGCCCUCUCGUGGCAGGAAGCGGCGCGGACGAGCUGUGCAAGUUGAAUCCGACCAGGAGGACGAGGAUGGAGAGAGCGAUUCUAAAGGCGGCGGUGCCAAGACUCAAGCGGCUGGUUCUUCCGACGAGGAGGAUGAGGAUAGCUCAGAUGAGGACGACGAUGAUCCACCACCGCCGAAGCGAAUGUCCCUUGCGGACAGACUUCGCAUGGAGAGCCGAGCAGCCCGGCCACGGCACUUCGACGACAACGAUGACUCUGGGGCUGACGAUGCGACCGGCGACGGCUACGGAUACAGCGAUGACCAGGAGGACGACGUGGACGAGUCAGACAGUGGCAUGGUUAUGGGUAUGGCUGAGGAGUACGAGGGCGAGGAUGGUGGGAGCGAAGAGGAGUAUUGA